AUGUAUCGACCCUUCGAGCACACAGCUACGUCUCGAGCCAUGGAUUGUGCAACAUUUGCCGUAUACCACGACGACGACCAUUUCGAUGCUGGUAACCUUGCCGAGCAGGCAAGCGAAACCAGUUCUCAGUCUAGUGGAGUUAUCAACCUUCAUGAUCCACUUCAUCCUUUGUUGGUGGGAUCUUUUGUUGCUGCUUGGGGUGGGCCUGAAGAACCGACUGCCCAAAUGCAUGAAGACGAAGAUCUUCCCUCGCCAUGGGGUGAACACCGCCUAAGCCCAACCAGCCGGAGUCAAAGCCGUGAGCUCCAGCAGACAACUGAUAUAGUUCGUGCGCAAACGCCCGUCUCCUUUGAAGAAGAGAAAGUCGGAUGCCCUGGUUUCGGAUAUACAUUUGGCGACGAAGUUGACUGUGGUCAAGACGGGCUCAGGCCAGAAACGCUCCACACCAAAACUCCAGCCAGCGAAUUUUGGGUAAAUAAAACCGAAUCCGGAUAUGCCCCUCAGUGCGGUGAUCUUCACCCAGACCGUAUCCUAGAAAACCGCCAUAUAAGUCAUUGGGAGAUGCAGUGCGUUUUGAGCCGGCGAGGACCUGGCAGCAUGACUGCUGAACAGAUUGAGUAUUAUCAACAGAAGGUCGACAAUUGGUGGUAUGGUAUGUUGCCCGUUAGCCAGGCUGUGGAUGAUGCCGUGGCUCAAACCAGCGGAACGAAGCCAUAUAAAAGCGAAUUUUUAUCUGCUUCUCCACUGGUAGAUUGGCUCGCGGGGAUUGGAUCUGAGCUGAUGCCAGUGCGACUAGCCCAGAAUCCCGGGCCGCCCAGCCUUUCCAAUGCAUCGCAGGGUAAAAAGGUGGAUAGCAGGCGCGAAAAUCUAAGCCAAACACAAUUCGUUAUUGACAGUUGGACCACCAGCACCAGGGAUAACGAAUGCACAAUAAUCGUGCGCUCUUCUGGAGCUGUUUUCUAUCUUCAGUGCAUACCCGCUGAGUUGGAAGCAGAGCCAAUUCUUCUUGCAGACUUCUACAAGUCGCUCAAGAUACUGAAAACCAAUGAACACGAAGACGACGUUGGUGACGAAGGCUACGAUGCGAGAAGGGCUGAGGCAGAAAAGCUUGCGCAACCAUUCAACGAAAUUAUCUCAGCGCUCGCCCCAGACCCACCAAUGCCACCAAUCACAUUGCAUCAAUGGCUUAACCCUGAGUGGUUUCUAUUGAUUGCCACUGCAGAUGAAGGCAAGAUUCGACCAAGGAGAGACUACGAAAAUCCUUAUCUGCCUCCCGGAGAAUAUCGGCAAUCGAGACUAUGGAAGAGCCUUGAUUUGGACAAGUGGGUGCCAAAUUGGUACUUAGCACGUGACGUCCAAAUAAUUUCGGCCAAUCCCGGCGAAAAUCCGCUUUUAUCUCCUCCGUCCAAGGUUUUUGUUCAAGGCGAUGUUACUUGCCAUUUCAAAGGCUUUGAACGCGGAUUUCCGGCAGUUUUUCGUGAGCUCAGAACUUUCCGCAAGAUUUCGGACGCUUUAGCAACCGGUCAAAUCCCAUCUGAUAUGCGCAUUUGUCGCCUCCAAGGUGUCGUGUGCGAUGUCGAUGUCGACACUCCUAACCAAACACGAAUUACUGGUUUGCUCUUGGUGUACAUUGAGCCCAAAAUCACUCCCGCACCCAGCACCUUGAUGAAUAUCGCAAGGUCAACCAACCAGGAAACUCGCAAGCGCUGGGCCAAAGAACUGGGAACGACCGUUCAAACCCUUCACAAGGCUGGGAUACAGUGGGGAGAUGCCAAACCUGACAACAUAUUGGUUGAUAAGAAUGACGACUUGUGGUUGAUUGACUUUGACGGCGGCUACACUCGCACUUGGAGGAAGGUGACCUUGAAGGAUUGGAUAAGAUUCAAGUUUGGCUUUGUAACAUGGGUUGAAGAUUUAUUCCAGAGGCGGACAGAGGCGAUGAAACUUUUCGUAUUCUUCAAGUCUUAG